GUGAUUUACGAAUUUGUCCAAACAUCCACGACAGUGAUAGAUGAUAAUCUUUUCAUCAUGACGGAAGAAUACGCAGGCGCUAUCGGAAUUGACCUAGGCACAACCUACUCAUGCGUUGCGGUGUGGGAAAAUGAGCGCGUUG